AUGGCAUGUUGCCAGGGAGUUUGGCUGGGGCGGCUGCUGGCAGAGCUCACCGGAGAAGAAGCUCGGGCACCCAUCCUGAUGGUGGACAACCAGUCCGCCAUCGCCUUAGCAAAGAACCCCGUCCACCACGACCGGAGCAAGCACAUCGACACCAAGUAUCACUUCAUCCGUGAUUGCGUCGAUGGUGGACAGAUCAGGCUCGAGAAAAAGAUUGCAGAAGCAAACCUACAAGCAUCACUCCAACAAUAUAUGAGGGUUUCUUAUGGUGAAUUAGUAAGGGCAACAAAUGGUUUUGCUUCUGAGAAUAUUAUCGGUGCAGGAAGCUUUGGCUCAGUCUAUAAGGGUAUAAUGAUAAGCACUGACCAACAAGAAGUCGCUGUUAAGGUCCUCAAUCUCACACAACAUGGUACAUCUCAAAGUUUCAUUGCAGAAUGUGAGACGUUGAAAAGUGUUCGACAUCGGAAUCUAGUGAAGUUAUUGACAGUAUGUUCAAGCAUUGGUCAUCAGGGUCACGAAUUCAAGGCCCUUGUAUACAAGUUCCUACCAAACGGAAAUUUAGACCAAUGGUUACACCAGAAUUUCCAUGAAGAUGAAGAACCCAAGGUGUUAGAUCUCAUUUCGAGACUACAGAUUGCAAUUGAUGUAGCAUCCUCACUUGAAUAUCUCCACCAACACAAGCCUUUGCCAAUCGUUCACUGCGACCUUAAGCCAAGCAAUGUUCUCCUUGAUACUGACAUGGUCGCUCAUGUCAGUGAUUUUAGCCUAGCAAGGUUUCUACAUCAAGACUUGCAGCAGUCAGGUAGUUGGGCAUCAAUGAGAGGAACAAUUGGUUACGCUGCUCCAGAGUAUGGACUGGGUAAUGAAGUCUCAAUCCAAGGUGAUGUUUAUAGCUACGGAAUCCUAUUGUUGGAGACGUUCACAGGAAAAAGACCAACGGACAGUGAAUUCGUACAAGCCCUUGGACUUCGCAAGUAUGUUGAAAUGGCACUGCCAGAAAGGGUGGCUAACAUCAUAGACCAAAACUUACUACAAGAGGUAGAGGACUGUGAGGCAAGAAGCACAACCUCUUGCAGCAAUGAGGACAUCAAAAUUUCUUGCAUCAUAUCGAUUCUGCGCAUUGGAACUUCCUGUUCUGCAGAGAUGCCAACAGACCGUCCAUGGAUCGGAGAUGCCCUCAAGGAGUUGGAGUCAAUCAGAGACAAGCUUCGGAAGGAUUUCCUCCAAGAAGGAUUGCCAAGGCAUAGCAGGGCUCAAGAGCAUUGAAACAUUACAAUCAGCCAGGCCCACAAGGC